AUGAACCCCCACUACCACGGGUACGGGGAGCUCAGCUCGCCUCACCCGCCGUCGCCGGAGGCCGCGUUCGCCGCGAACGGCCACGACUACCCGCACAACAAUAACAACCCAGCGCUGAAGGAAUGCGCCGGCUGCGGCGGCAAGAUCGUCGAGCGCUUUCUGCUGCACGCCCUCGACAGAUACUGGCAUCACGGCUGCCUCAAGUGCACGUGCUGCGGCCAGGCGCUGGCGGACAUGGGCCGCUCGUUCUACUUCAAGGGCGGCAUGAUACUCUGCAAGAACGACUACACGAGG